AUGUUUCUGCGAUUACUGUGUCCAAUUAUGAAAUCCCAAAGUGAACUGGCCAUUGUGCUCACUUGGUUGGCAGUUGUUGGGACAGCUCAAGAUGAUGCCGAUUACUGCGCCGAGCUAUCCACGCAGUCGCUGGCCAAAAUUCUGGGACAGGCAUUCAAUCCGCGCUACAUGAGCAUCGAUCCGCCGGGCGAGCCCGAGGAGAAGAGCUAUCAUCUGGGCUACAAGCGUUCGUCGUACGAGCUGCCAUUCUAUGCGGACAGUGACGCGAUUUCAGUUAGCCACUUUCCCGCCUGGGAGACCAACCACUUUGCGCUGGUGGAGAAGAAGGAGCCACCGAGGAGCAAGAGCCUGCGCACGAGGAGCGCGUUCAUGGAUCGUGUGGGACAUCCGAGAAUCGAUGGGUUCAAGCAGCGGCCGUGGGAGUGCUCGUCGAAGAUCAACUGGAUUGACUUAGGCUUAAAUUACUUUCCACGCUAUAUCCGUUCGAUCGAGUGUAUUGCCAGAAAAUGUUGGUAUGAUCACUUUAAUUGCAAGCCAAAAUCAUUUACAAUAAAAGUACUGCGCCGUAAAACUGGCUCAUGCAUUCGAAUAAACGAUAAAUUGAUUUUGAUCACCGCAGAGAAGUUUGAGAAUGAUUAUACGCAGCUCUGGAUUUGGGAAGAAAUAGCGGUUAACUUUUGCUGUGAAUGUGUUAUGCUAUACUAG